ACUGGCAAACAUAAUAAGUGAGCAAACGAACAAAAACACACCAACAAACAUGUGUGUUACAGCAUAUUAAACCAGAAGAGGUGAAUAAAGAAAACGUGUUGAUGGUAUGAGACGAACUUGGGAGAAUAGCGGACACGAAAAAAAAAUAGAAAUCAUACAAACUCAAGCAGGCAACACAAAAAAUCAUAACGGCUGACUGAAACACACAUUAAAAGACAACAAAAGAAAGACAAAUUGAUUAAAAUACUAAACAAAAUUUUAAUAAAAGUAAACAAAUUGAACAAAAUUAAAGGAAGUACAUAAUUAUAUUUAACAAAAAAAAAUUAAAACAAAAUUCUUAGUGAUUGAGACAAACGAAAUUAGAAAAGCAAAAAAAAUAAGUACUUUUUCAACAUGUUGUUGGUUAGUUGGACGAACAUGUUGUAAAACUCAGCAUUAAACCUCAAACCUGGUUGGAUGUGCGAUUGGUUGGCCGGUUUGGUGUGAUGUGGUGUGGUUGCCAGGCUGUUUGCGAGCAGUUGUGUGUGUGUUUUUUUCUUCUUUCGUCGUUGACGUCGUCGACGUUUGUGAUACAAAAAAAAUUUGUUUAAAGCAAGUUUCUUCGUCGUCGGCCGUGCGUUUUGUAUUGAAUUAAAUCGGGUUCAGUAGAAAUUGCAAAAAAUUUCGUCAAAAUUGUGCGAAUUUAUUGCAAAAAGGAUGUGAAAAUAUUUUAAAUGAUUUCUCCAAUUCUUUUUAUAAAAAAAAAUAUGAAAAUAAAAUUAUAAUAUAGAAGAAAAAAAAUGUGGAAAUUAAUAAUACUGGAGAAAACUUGUGUUCUUUUUUAAAAUUAAUCACUAAAAAAAAAAUAAGCGUAAUUAUUAUUAAAUAAAUAAAAAUAUAAUAUUUUUAAUUAAUAAUAUAAUACAACAACAACAACAACAAAAUAUUGAAAUUAUAAUAUUAAAAAAAAAUCUACAAAAAAGGGGUUUAAUAAUAAAAUUUCUUAAAAAAAAAAAUUAAAAAUAGUUUUUAAGGCUUAAAGCUAAAAAUGAUAAAAUAAGUGUAAACAUAAAUUAAAGCUAAAAAAAAAAAUAAAUAUAACUAAAGCGUUUCUGAAUAAAUUAUUAUACAUAUAAAGAAAAAAAUAAUUAUAACAGCUUAAAAUAUAUUUAUAACUAAAUAAAAUAAUAUUCAAUAUUAUACAACAACAUAAAAUUACAAAAUAAAGUGUAAAAAUUAAAAAAAGAAAAUCAAUUUAUUUAUAAAUUAAAAUUAUAAAAAAAUUCAUAAAUAAAUAAAAUAAAAAGCUAAAAGCAGAGCAUUUUUAAAUAUAUUUAAAAAAUUAAAUAAAAUUAAAAUAAAAAUUAUUACCCUAAUUAAUGCUUACAGUGCUGUUCAGUUGUUUAACAUAAUUAAUUAUAAUUAUAAUAAUAAAAUACAAAAGAAAUUAUCCAAAAAAUAAAAAAAAAAUGAUAAAUGAUUUAAAUUAAUAUCCAAAAAAAAAUCUAUAAAUCAUCAUUAUAACCGGCCAUUAAAAAAAGUAAAAUAAGGCGCUCGCUCGUUCAUCAACAAUUCUUGGGCUGUUACAAAAUUUCCUGUCAUAUUCCUUUUUCCCCCCCGUCUGCUAAUACUGAAAACUCCCUGUUGUUGCCAGUAUCUGUAUGAUAGUUGCAUCUGCAUUUCUGUUUGUGUUUAACUGUUUAUUUGCAUCUUUGAAUUGAAAAAAAAGAAAGAAAUUUUGGGUAAUGUUGUGGCUUGAGAUCGUUGAUCAGCUGUUAAAGUAAUACUUAAUUACUAUUGUUAUUUCGGCAUGAAAUGGAAGCAGCCAUCCGCUCAUCAGUACAGGUCGGUGGUCCACAACCGCCACCUAAUGGUGGUCAAAGUCAGCAACAACAGCAACAGCAGCAGCAACAACAGCAUCAGCAGCAACAACAACAACAUCAUCAACAGCAACUUCAUCACCAUCAUCAAUUACAGCAACAACAACAACAGCAGCAGCAGCAACAACAAAAACAAUCACAAAAUUCUGAUAAUGGACCUACGUCCAAUCAACCACCCCAACAUCAUUCACAGCAUACACAACAGCAACAACAACAGCAGCAGUCUAAUCAGCAGCAGCAACAACAACAGCAAGCAGCAAAUAUGUCUGCCUACCAACAACAACAACGGUUACCACCAGCUGGUGCAUCGCCAAUUCAUAGGCCUGUUGCCGAUACCACGUCAUCGUAUACGAAGGGAAUUAGCGGUGGCCUGGGGCCACCACAUCCACAAAGUAUACAACAACAACAGCAACAAAUGCAUGCCCAACAAAUGCAACAACAUCAUCAUCACCAGCAGCAGUUGCAUCAGCAACACCAGCAACAACAACAGCAGCAGCAACAACAUCAUCAGCAACAGCAACAACAGCAUCAACAGCAGCAGCAACAACAGCAGCAGCAACAUCAUCAACAGCAGCAGCAACAACAACAGCAGCAGCAGCAACAACAGCACCAUCAUCAACAACAGCAACAACAAUCGUCACGUUCGGCAGCUAGUCCUCUAUCACCAUCACGACCCGGUCCUGGUUCACAAGCUCCUGCAAAUGUCUAUGCCAAAUUUACCGAUGUCAAUGCUGUACGCGAAGCCCCACAACGUUUCAUAUUACAGAGUGCAUACGGUAUACCCGGCCCGGGGGCGCAGUAUCGUGAAAAUCCGUACACGCGAAUACAACCGGUACAGGACUAUCAUAGAGUGGCUGCUGCUUUGGCAGCUGCUGCACCACCGCCUGGCACAGCUGGUGUGGUGCAAGGACCACCUCCGCCCUCCAGUGUUAGCAUCAGUGCUCACAGUCUGGAUUCUCUGCAUUUUGCCCAUCCACCUGCCACACAUCAAACCGUAUCGACUGGAUCGACGCAAUUGCUUAGCAAUGCGCCCAAUCCGGCUACCGGAGCGAAUACAACUGGUGGCAUGCCCGGCACCAGUUCCCCCCAUAACAGCAGCAAUGCAGCGCCUCCAAUGGCUGACAGUGGCGGCAGUAGUAGUAGUAGUAGCAUAAUUGGAGGCAAACGUAUUCUUUUGCCACCCACACAUCGCCAGCAACCACAACCACAAUAUUCCAAUGAGUAUCUGACAAAUGCUGUGUCAGCAGCUUCGGCGGCGGCGUCUUUAAAUCGACAUGGGCCACCUCAAGGUCCACCCGAUCCGGGUGGACAACAGCCCUAUAAAAAGUUACGACUGAGUGAAGCAAAUAAUGUUGUCACCAAUUCCUCAAACACUACCAAUCACCUGCCUACAACACAUCAACUACAAAAUGUCCAACCACCUCCGCCUAGUCAGCAACAACAACAACAACAGCAGCAGCACCAGCAGCAACAACAGCACCAGCAUCUUCAGCAACAACAUCAUCAGCAGCAGCAGCAACAGCAGCAGCAACAACAACAGCAGCAGCAGCAGCGACUUCCAACGAUUAUAGAUUUGACACCGGUACAAGCUAGUGUCCUACUAUCUACUAUCCAUCGUCACAAUUCAAUGCCUUCACACAGGCAUUCAACUCAUUUACCCCCGCAACCGCAACAGCCGCAACAGCCGCAACCAACAAUGCAGCAGCAGCAACAACAACAACAAACUCAACCACAACCAGUGACGAUGCAUCAACUGAAAGUUGAAACGCAACAACUACCGCCACCACCAAAUGCCAAUACACCGCCUAUAAAUCGUGCUACGCCCACUUCACUGGCGGCUGUAAAUACGGCCCUAAACGUCAUAACAAAUUCUUCAAGUUCUGCUGUCAAGGCCAAUUCCUCUUCGUUGCCAUCGUCGGCAGUCACCUCAGUUACCUCUUCCUCCGUUUCAACGACAUCCGUUACAGCAUCGACAUCGUCAACUACGUCAUCAUCGUCGUCGUCCACAGAAGCCUAUCAUCCCCAGGUGGAGGCUAUAUCACCCACGCUACCCGCAGACAAUGCCGAAGAGCGAGGUCCCACUGCCAAAGAGGAGCUGUUAAUGCAAAUCCAAAAAGUGGACACGGAAAUCACUGGGGCUGACGGUUCUCUAGCAGCACUGCGAAAAAAGGAGAAGAGUCUCUUAGAUGUGGCUGCAGCAGCUAAACAGCAAAAAGAACAGGCCGAGGCGGCCCGCUUAAAAGCUGAAGCUGAUGCCGAGGAAGAUGCCGCCAAUUCAUGGCGUUCCAAAACGCUGGCUCAGAAAAUCUAUUUGGUGAACCGUAAAACGGCCGCCUCACAACAUUCCAUACUGGACAGCUGUGGUGAACGCUACUUGCUUCCGUUGUACAACCAACCUCUAGAUGUAGAACAACUAACCAAUCUUCUACAACGCCACCAAGCCAUCAUUAAGGGUCCUUUAGUGGAGCACAUACGUAAGGUUAAGCGCGACCGAUGGUCGCAUCACAGCAAAGUGGUGGAGACAUACGCUCAAAUGUCCGCCGAGUGGCAAAAACGUGUCGAUAAGUCUGAAGCGAGCGCUAAGCGCCGAGCACGUGAAGCUAAAAAUCGCGAAUUCUUUGAGAAAGUCUUCACGGAAUUGCGCAAACAACGCGAAGAUAAAGAACGUUUUAAUCGUGUGGGUUCGCGCAUCAAGUCCGAAGCGGACUACGAGGAAAUCAUGGACGGUUUACAAGAACAAGCCAUGGAGGUAAGAAAGAUGCGCUCCUAUGCCAUUAUACCACCGCUAAUGUACGAUGCCCAUCAACGAAAAUGUGUCUAUCACAAUGAAAAUGGUCUGAUCGAGGACAUGGUGGGGGUUCACAAAGAAAAAGCCAAACUGAACGUUUGGACAGCCGGUGAAAAAGAGAUUUUCAAAGAGAAAUUCCUGCAACAUCCCAAGAAUUUUGGCGCAAUAGCUGCCAGUUUAGAUCGAAAAUCAGCACAGGACUGUGUACGUUACUACUACCUCAGUAAGAAGACCGAGAAUUACAAACAGCUGCUGCGAAAGUCACGUCAGAGAACAAGAGCCUCGAAAACAUUGCAAAAAUCCCAGCAACAACAGACUCAAUGCAUAAUUGAUUCCCUGACGACAGGCGUAACGACCCGACUGCAAAGAGAACAACAGCAAAAGUCGGGAGGACGAUCGGCAGCGGCCGAAAGAGAACGUGAGAGGGCUGAACGUGAAAAGGCAGCCGAAAAAGCAGCUGCAGAAGCUGCCAAAGCAGCGGCUAAUGCGAAAUCCCAUAAAGCAGAAACAGCUACAGCAACAGCUGACUCGGUGUCAACAACAACAACAGCCGAUACCGCCACAACAGACACGCCAAAAGCAUCGUCCCACAGUGGUGGCAGCAAAACAACAACAACUACAUCUUCAACGACUACCACAACAUCUGCCUCUUCAACUACAGCCACCGCCACGACAUCGUCAGCAUCAACCAGUACAGCCUCCAAAGCGCAGGGCGAUAAAAGUGAAACAACAACAAGCACAGAUGCUGCUUCCACAGGAACUGCAGCCAAAACGAAAGCGGGAGAUUCUGCUAGCAAAGCGGAAGAGUCCAAAGUGGAGGAUUCCAAAGAGAUCAGCAGCAAGAAAAAAUCCAACGAUCCUAAUAAUUCAACAACAACGACAAGUGAUAAAAGUAGUGGUAGUAGUAAAACUGAAGCCACAACAGCAAGUAGUAGUAGUAGCAGCAGUAGUAGUAGUAGUAACAGUAGUUUUACAAAAGAGGAAGAUCCUUUAGCUAUACCAACAACCUCAAUAACAAGCACUACGGCAACCGCUACUACAGCAGCAUCGUCUUCUUCAUCUACAUCAACAUCAUCUGUGGUAACAAAUACAAAUGCAUCAACAACUACACAUCCGCCCUUAACAACAAACACGCCAAAUGGCAUUAAAUCCUCAUAUGCUGCAGCCAUGGCCCAACAAGCAGCCAAUGCAGCAGCGGCUACAACAAACGCCACAGCCUCUGCGGGCAAUGAAAACGUCAAGUCGCCAGCUAACAGUGGUAGUAGCAAUGAUAAAGCACUGGCCAACAACAACAACAAUAACUCGUCCACAAAUGCUACUAAGGACAAUGUCGUCGGACACAGUACAGCCGCCGCAACCACUACCAACACCACCACCAAUUCCAACAACAGUAGUAGUAAUAAUAAUAGUAGUACUAGCAGUAGCAGUACAGCUGGCAUUAGUAGCACGACAAAGCAAACGGCCAAUAAUAAUGUUACAACGCCGACUACCUCAACUACGGCUGGUAAUUUCUUGGGUCAAAAACUUAAAGUGGCACAAGUUGAAAGCCUUAUGGGGGCAAAUAACAAUAAUAAUACAGACUGUAACUCAGAUGUUAGUGAUCCCAAAAAGAAACGUGUUGUUGAUAUGGAUAAUUCGAAUAAUUUAACGAAUCCCAUUACAACCAAUACAACAAACAUUAAUAACCAACAACAACCUCCUCCUAAUUCAAACAAUCUUAAUAAAACCGCAUCAUCAGCAGCAACCAUAGCAACAAAUAGCAAUCCUGCCAAUAUUAAUAGCAACAAUAAUAGCAACAUCAAUGUAAAUGAUAUUGUUGUCUCUGCUGCUGCUGCGACUGGCGGUGUUGGUGCUAAUUUAUUAACAACCAGCAUUGCUGCUUCAGUUGCAACAAAACCAAAUGCUAUUUCGUCUGGUCACAUUACAACAAUAGCAGCAAUUACAUCAACCUGUUCAUCAUCUUCGUCAUCAUCUGCCACAACAAUUUCUUCAGCUGUGACAACUGCUGCAACAACAACAACGACAUCAUCAUCAUCAUUAUCGUCAUCAAUAGCCGAUCAGAAUGCGAUCGAUGGUAAAGAUAAACUUGCCACCUGUUUUGUUUGCAAAGCAGAAAAUUGCCCACGCACUCGCCCCCUGAAAAAGGGUCGCGGCCAACAAUAUGGCAUACCCGAUGAUACAAUACCGGCCGGUGCUAGAGUUUGUAAUACGUGUCAAUGCAAAUCGGUACGAACACGUUAUCCCAACUGUCCUCUGCCCACAUGUCCAAAUCCCAAAGAUCGUGCCAAACGUCUGCGCAAUAUACCAGCACGCCUCUACGAGCUGGCGCCCGAUGUGCGUGAUCCCAUUCUGCAAGAAUUUCAAAUACCUGCCCAAGCAACCCGUUGCUGUUCGGCUUGUCUUAUGCGUAUACGAAGGAAAUUGGAUCCACAUGUUAAUCUGACCGAUGAGGAGCGUCGGACGGAUGGCGAUGAGUCGGAUGUUAGUACAUCGUCUUGUGAUGAACGUGAACCCGGCGGCAGUGAUACAGCCUCGGUGGAAAGUCCCGAAAGCCAGCGACACAAUUCGCUAACAAAGGAUCUCGUACAAAAGCCUUCGUCGGCCCAAUUGGUGGCAAACAAAAAUUUGGGCAUAGCGACAGUAGAAAUCAAUAGUUCAUCGGCUGCCGACACAACAUCAGCGGCUACAACGUCGAUUAGUGGUGGUGCUAGCAGUAAUACUGUGUCCAUCACUAAAUCAGAUGAACGUUUGUUACCGCCCCUGGGUCAUGCCCCUAAGAAACAAAAGACUUCCGAGGAAUACGACUCCUCGGCAACAGAAACCGCCGAUGAAGAGAAUGAGAAUUCUCCUGCCAAUCGUCAAAGCCCCAAAGUCAUACUGAACAGUACGAAUAGUGGGAGUGGUGUUGGUAGUUGCAGUGGCAGUUCAGUUGUUGUCUCAACAGCCACAGGUCUGGGUCCUCCACCUCCAACAUCUGUUAAUGGACCAAUGCCACCAUCUGCAUCGUCGUCUGCAUCUCCUACCGUAGGACAAGAUCCCAAACAAAGUCAUGCCAUUUCGCGCGAUCUGCAGGACUAUCUUUACAAGGUUAUAGAACGUUCGCUGAAGCAAAAGGGUCCGCCACCUGCCAAACCAGCCCAGCCACCCAGUCAAGCAAAUCAACUUUCGAAUCAACAUUUGGUUGGCAUGAGCAAACCGCCCAUACAACUAUCAUUAGAUUCAGCGCCCAACAACAGUGGCAGCAGCAGCAACAAUAACAGACGCAAUGAUGUUAUUAGCAGUAGCACCAACUCCUCCAACAAUAUCAGCAGCAUUAGCAGUAAUAACAACAACAGCAACAAUAAUUCCAAUAAUGAUGUAACCAUUGUUCGGGAAUAUCGUAAUGAUGGCCCGAUCAAACAUCAACCUCAGGCUCAUGGUCAGCCAUUGAUAGUGGGCGGCAGUGGUGUUGGUGGUAGUUCAGUGUCUGCCAAUACCGUACAAAACUUGAAUGUACGACAAUCACAAGUAGUCCAGCAGCCACCACCACCCACGCAAAUGGGUCCAAAUGCUGUUACAGCUCCAGGACAUCCUGAAAAUUUGGCAACCUUAUCUGUAGUGAAUUCGUACAUGCCAGGUCAACAUUUACCUCCACCUUCGCAUGGCAUGUUGCAUCAUCAGCAACAUGAUAUCAAGGCCACCAUUACACCUGUUAUGAAGGUGGGCAAAACAUCGACACCUCCCCACGUGGUGGCACCAUCACCAGACAGCAUAAUGUAUGCAUCUUCACGUAACAACGAACCUGAGCCUCAGACUCUGGACUUGUCUAUUAAGAAACCCUCAAGAGAUGGUCCAUCCCCACACAAUUCAUCGAAUACAUCCUCCUCCACGUCGUCGGGAGUUGGAAGUGAUAGUGGCAGUGGUAUAUCGUCACGUCAUCAACAGCCACCUCCCAGUUCGGGAGUUAAACACGUGGGCAAUGCACCCAGCAUGUAUCGUGGUUCAGAACCAUCCCCUCUUAUCGCAGCUCCGCCUAAUCAUGCGUACCUUUAUCAUCCUCAUCCAGCCAGUGUGGGAGUAGGUAAAGUACCACCACCGGGAUCCCUUUAUGUGUCACAAGUACCUGUUCCCAUGUCUAUAACACAACCACCAGGUGGACCGGUGGGUAGUUCCUCGCAACGAGGGCAAUCGUCGCAACCUCCACCUCCUUCACAACCGCCACCAUCGCACAUGCAAAUGUCAAGUCAACACAGCAAGUCCAUGGGUGGCAGUGGAGGUGUCAAUAAGAUGCAACCAAAAUUAAGUCCGCAAUUAAUACAUCCACCACCGCCACAUUCACAUCAGGCUCCCUCACCUUCACAACAGCAGCAGCAGCAACAACAGCAGCUGUUAGUAGGUCCCAAAGGUUCCAUAACUCAUGGUACUCCGGUGAAUAAUGCCGCUCAACAGAUCAUUGUGCAUUCCGCCCCAGCGGGAGCGACCCUAAGUCCUAAAUUUGAUAAUUUACUGAGACAAACUCCUCCGUCGGGUGCUACAGGCGCUGAAAGUAAUAAAUUGGGUUCCAUAACUCAAGGCACGCCCAUACAUCUGCCCACACAUUUGGACAGCAAACGAGCCUAUGAAUAUGCCUAUAAAUCUUCACAACGCCAGAGUCCAGCUCAAAUGCAACAUCAUCCGCCACCACCUCAGCAGUCGUCACCACAAGGUCCACCUCAAAAUGCCUACACAGUGGGGCCAUACUCCAGAGCUCCUUAUGCCGUAGAGCAAUCACCCGUCUUAAGCACCAGGCAGAUUGUUAUGCACGACUAUAUAACGUCGCAACAAAUGCAGGGACAACAACAAAGAAAUGUGCCACGUAGUGGUAGUGCAAAUUCAGCGGGAACUCCAGCUUCAGGUAAAGAAUCACCUUCACCGCGUAACUCAGCCAGUGGACUAGUGUAUUACGAUAAGGAAAGAGGACGUACCGAAUACUCGAGUCGAGCCUCACCGGCAGAACAUGCCAAUAGUACUCCCAGUCCACAUCGUACACCGCCACCACCACGGCAAGGUGUUAUACAACGCCACAAUACAGGCUCUAAACCACCCUCACCUGCUGCGCCUCCCCAAAAUCGUAUGCAUGUAGUGAUGGCGCACAAUUUUCCGCCAGCCGGUCACGAUGCCUUUUCGUCAUUCGUUGACGUAGCUGUGCAGCAACCCCAAUUGCCAGUGCCCUCCCAAAAAGAUGACAAAUCAUCCGCACCCCCCGGUCCCGGAGGAUCAUCUGGUGGUCCACCGCCACCAAAUGCCGGUCAACCACAACAACCGCCACCGCCCUCACAUCACGAUCCCAUACGCUAUCAAAUGAAUCGUGAUCAACACAUGGCCGCCCUGCAAAUGCAACAUCAUCACCAGCAACAGGCAGCAGCAGUAGCCCAACAGCAACACCAGGCCGCUGUAGCCGCUCAACAACAUCAAUAUCGGCAGCAGCAUGCUGCUGCAGCUGCAGCUGAUAUGCAACGUCGUCUGGAACAGGCCAAACGUGAUCAGCGCAUGCAUAAUGCAGCCAUUGAGAGAGAUCGUGACAUGCAACAGAAACGACAAGAGAGAGAUCGUAUAGAACGAAUGCAUGCCGAACGUUUAGAUCGCGAGAGAGAACAGCAAGAACGCGAUCGCGAGAGAGACCGUGCAAGAGAUCGCGAGAGACGUGAACAAGAGCGUGCCGCCGAAGAGCGAGAGCGUGAUGGCAGACGUAUGGAGCGAAUUUAUGCUGGUAAUGUUGCAACAGCGGCAGCAGUGGCAGCAGCAACGGGACAACCACAUUAUAUACGUGGCCCACCACCACCAGAAACCGGGCCACCACGUACGAUACCAGAUCGUGAAAGAGAUCCCUAUCAUAGGACUCAUCCUGGUCAACCACCCACAGAGGGUACAUUUUCCGCCCAGAAUCUAAUCGAUGCUAUAAUCAAACAUCAAAUUAGUCAAACCAGCACAGAGCCCAACCGAGAUUUAACGAGACCAGGAUUUUAUAAUUCCCGAGAUAUUGGACCACCGCGUCAUCCCACAAACGCUACAAUAUCGUCUCUACAAGCGGCCGAAAACAAUGGCAAAUCAUCAUCGCCCAACGUUAUUAAUAUUGAUUUAGACAAUGAUCGCAGUACUGUGGCUUCAUCAUCGUCUUCGUCCAGUGGAGGAGGUGGUCAUCACGAGCCCCCCUCAGCACGAAAUUCCCGCGGUGGACACAGUGGCAUGCCAACCUCAUCGCAGGCCCCACCACCACCAUCCCAAUCAUCUCAAAUGCGUACGAAAAACAUAACAUUUGGUGAACUGACCGAUAAAAUUAUAUCGAAUGAUUAUCACAAUCCAAUGCAUUUACGAGCACCGCCAGCACACCCGACGAACUUUAUGCCCUACAUGCAAGAUCCCCAGGGCAUAAUAGCCACCGAUGUGUGGAAAAUGAACAGAAGAGUGCAAAAAGAGGUAGAAGCUGCUGCAGCAGCCGCGGCGGCAGGCCCGAAAGGAGUUCCACCAUCUUCACAGCAACAGGGGGUUAAUUCAAAUUCGAACCCAGGCACACCCACCAAUCAGGGCGGCAGAUCAACCACACCAGGUGAUGAUCGCAAUAUAAUAAGAAUGCCCCAGUCCCAUAGUCCCCGUAAAUACAUGCAAGAGUUUAUGAUACAAGCUCAGGACUAUCAUUAUCAACAGCAGCAGCAGCAACAACACCAACAGCAGCAACCUGGUAGUUCUAUUAUGAGAGGAGGGUCUGCCUAUGAUUCUAAUCCGGGUCCGGGUGGAUCUUCUAGUUCUGCUGGAGGUGGUGGUGGUGCAGGACCACCAAUAGUACCAAAUCACACAUUCGAUACUAUGAAAUAUGUACAAAAUCGUAUUGUUGAAGUAAUGCGCACCGAGGAUGAUCAUCGUGCUGCCACCGGUGGCGGUCCAGGCGGUGUUGGUCCUUCCAAUGAUCAUCACGAUCAUCACAACGAUCAUCGCAUGAAAGAUCUACAUGAACCGCGUAAAACACCCAAUCAAUAUGACGAUCGUGAUGGUGGCAGACGUUCUGCCAGUAGUGAUUCAUCACAUUCGCAUCCAUCUAGCAUGGGUGGUGGCCCCUAUCAGCCUUCACCAGUAACAACAUUUGCACCCACCACUUAUGCUUAUCCCUAUAGCGCUUUAAAUGUACCCAGUUCCGUGGCCGGUCUGCCGCCACCACCGCAAAUGAGUUUAAAUGUGGCCCAUCAAAUGCCACCCACCUCUGGUUCGUCUGCUCACAAACAACCCAGCCACGUAUUACACGGCGGCAGUGGUGGAAUGGGUCAUGAUGGUGGUCCCAACUCGGUGGUAAGUACUACAUCGGGUGGAGGACCUGGUGGUCAGGCGGGUUCGGCUAAUGAACCUAAACCUCUGCUGUCGGCUCAAUAUGAGGCAUUAAGUGAUGAAGAUUAGUUGUGACUUCAGGCGUCUGGGGUGCAACAUCGAUAUCAAACACAGACCCAGACGCAUGCGAUACAUUCUCAGCAACAACCACAGCAGCAACAGCAUCAUAAUGUGCAAUCACAACAACAACAACACCAUACCACACAUCAUCAAUAUCAAGUUGCUGUUAAUCGUUUGUCAGCUGAGGAACAACCACGAAGUAUACGAAGUCACAAGCACUCUAGCUCCCAACAACAACCGCAGCAGCAGCAGCAGCAACAGCACUAUCAAAAUAGUCAACCACAGCAACAUAUUAACCUGCAACAGCCACAGCAACAACAGCAAUACAAUUAUGCACGUAAUGUUUAUAAAACUCACGAUUUAACAAUAGAACAUCAACAAACACCUCAAACUCAAAAUCAACUGCAACCAACAACACAUUAUCAUCAUCAGCAGCAACAGCAGCAGCACUUACAACGCCAACAGCAGCAGCAACAACAACAACUCUCAUUUAAUGGUAAUAUGAAAAAUAACAACAACCUCAAUACAAACAAUAAUAACAAUCGUUAUUUUUAAGACAAGAAACAAUCUAGAAAUUUCUCCCCCACUCUUCCUCUUCUUUUACUCUACCACUCCUACUAAAAAUAGCGAGCAUUUAUUUGAUAUUUAAUGGGAAAAAUUAGAAUGAAAGAAACACUAACUAAGAGAGAAGAAUUUAAAACAAUCUUUUUACGAGUGCUCCUCCUUAUUCCUCUCUCAACAUUCUCGCCUAAACUUAGACAAACACUAUGAAAAUGUAAAAAUAAUAUAAAUAAUAAUACAAUUUUGAAAUGAAAAUUAAAAAAAAAAUUAUAUAUUCAAAUAAUUUAACAUAUAAAUAAUAUUUAUAAACAAAAACACAAUUUAUAUAUAUUGCAAAAAAACAAAAAAAAUGUUUUUACUCUUUAAACUUCUUAACUUUCUAUAAACUAUCUCUAUCCCUCUCAUGUAUACUAAAUUGAC